GGAAAAUUGGGCACUCGGCGAGCGGCCGUCAUAUACGGGAUUCCCAGGUCGACGCUUCGCAACAAAGUGUACAAGUUGGUCCUAGAAAAAGAAAGAGAAUCGCAUCUCAAUAGUUCUACUCCUACCGAGGAGGAAGCUAUGGAAGAUGAAAAAGACUUGUCCGGAACGGAAGAAGUGAAGGAAGUAGAAAAAGCCUUGGAAGGUCCUUUGCUCUCUAUGGAAGAUUUGUUCAGGUUUAGUGCAGGUCGAGAGAUUCCAGAUACCCUGAAGGACCUCCUUCAAAAAGGUGGUCUACACCAGAGCGAAGUCCCUUACCUGCAAAACAUUCUUCUCGCAUCGCAAACGAUGCUUCCGACUCAAAAACCUCCCGAUGGCUCAAUGGUCACUAGCAUGAUCCCCGAACUAAUGAAACGCAUGAUUGCCGAAGAACAAUUGCUGAAGAUGCAAAACAACGGUGAUAGCGAAAAAAUCAUCACCAGGCCGAGUCCCAGCAAUUCGGUGAUCACGAAAGGUGAGCGAACCAAAUCGGAAUCCGAUAUGGAAGCUGACGAUUCUCCAUCGAAUGUGAUACUAAAAAUUCCGUCCUUUAAACCGACGACGUCGAGUAAAAACGGAUGCGAUACGAUACGGAAUCCCGCCGAACCUACAGUAGGAAGCAUAAUUUCACCCCCGGUCACCAGUGAAUCGGGAUCACCUCCAAUCUUACCAACAAAGGGACUUAUAAUUAAAGACGUCAAAGACGUUAUUGCUCAAAGCAUUAGUCAGAAGUUCCAACAGUCCAUGGAACCGAGGAGGCCCAUGUUGGAUAUAGAAUACAAAAGGAGCGGCUUCACGCCGCCGCUGGGAGCGGGAAUAUCUGUCAUCAAAACGCAGCACGAUCUCAACAGGCAGUUCCAGCAGCAACAUCCCAAACCCCAACAGCAAAGUUCUAAUAACGCUCCGACGGGUGGAAAAGGAACAAGGCCCAAACGGGGAAAAUACCGGAAUUACGACCGAGACAGCCUCGUGGAAGCUGUACGAGCAGUCCAAAGAGGCGAGAUGUCAGUUCACCGAGCGGGUAGUUACUACGGCGUACCUCAUUCCACGUUAGAAUACAAAGUGAAAGAAAGACAUUUAAUGCGACCUCGCAAACGUGAUCCUAAACCAAAUCCAGUCGAUGAAAAAAUCGCAAGCCUCAAGCAAAACGACAUCCGUAACUCUCAAGACAAGAUGAAGCCUCUCAUGAAACCACCGCAGAAGUUCUCACCCACGUCACCAAACGGAAUGAAGCUUCCCUUGUUCGAACCAGGAAUGGCGCCUUUGGCAGGGUAUAACCCGCCUCCUUUUCCAUUUUGGCCAGCUCCAGGUUUUCCGCCUAUACCGUUGGACUACGCUAGGACUCCAACAUCUCCCUUUGCUGGACCAAAUCCAUCAGAAUACUUCGCGUCACAAAUGAUGCAGAAACUCCAAGAAGAUUCUUCUAGAACAACCCCCCAGUCGUCAGGAGGUGGUCCCACUCUCUCUAAAAACGCCAGACAAAGGGCUGAGUCUCUUUUAGAAAGUAGUUCAGCGGCAAAUGGAUCUUUUCUAGAUGGGAUUAUCAGAUCGAGUCUGGAGUCAGGUGUUCCCAGCAGCGAAGAUAAAACGUCGAACGAAGAUAAGAACAUCGCUCCGGAGAACAUGUCCAACAAAGCCUUGUUGGAUCAGUUGUGUAGGAAUAGCAGGCUGACGCCUCUUUCCAAACCCACCACUUCGGAUGGAAAUCACAGUUCAGAAGACGAAUCUUGUCGAAAAAGUCUUAGUCCCUUAAAUUACGCCACAGGCGAUACUUCCCGAGACGACAACAAUGAUGAUGAUUCAUCAUCUAGAUUUGACAAAGACAGUUCGGAAGUUCACACCAUUGAGCUUUCGAACGACUCCAACACCUCGAGCGAAAAGAGAACGAACGAGGAGGAACGAAAACCAAGAAUAUACUUGAAACAGGACCUCGUGAAACCCGAAAAUCUCAAGCCAGAAAUGUUGGUGCGUUUUCGGGGGGAGGUCCUGCCAGAUAUUGACCACAAUGGUAAGAAUCAAUGUUGA